GCGAUGUCUUGGCGUGUCAGGUUGUCGCAACACUGGGCCGAAGCGGCAGGCUGAUCCCUUCAAGGUCACAGACUUGGUAGCGUUGCACAGUGUUCUUUUAGACAGCAGCAGAGACAGUGUUGUCGAUGACGGCUGGAUCACUGUUUGGACGCAGGUCCGUGCUGAGCUUGGAAUUUCAUUUGAAGCUGGCCAUCCAACUAUGCCAGCACCUUUGGAGGACGGUGGUAUCAGUAUGAGGCCCCUCAGCAGUGAAGAGAUGAAACAAUGGACAUCAAUUCUUUUGCAUUCAGUUCAGAUUGAGACAGAUGGACGUAGGUUGACGUCGCACAGUUGCAAGUGCACUUUGUUGUCCUGGUGCUCGAAAAGAGGAUUGCCCUGGGAGGAUCGGCUAGUGCUUGGAGGUCACACCUCGGCCGUGCGCUCAGCCUUGGUGUACGCUCGUGAUGGCCUUGGCCGUCCAUUGCGCAUGCUCGAGAAGCUGCUCUUGGAGGUGCGGCUAGGGCGUUUCUUGCCUGACGCCACGAGGAGUGGAAGAUUUCCUGGGCCUUUUGCUACAGCACCAGAUUUUGACGAUGGGGCUCACAGUGAAUUUUCGUAUGCUCCAAGUCUUGGUUUUGGAGACCCGGUUGAUGACACAGCCAACAGCACCUUUCAUGAUGGCUGGCUGAAACCUGUGGAGCCAUGUGACAAGAGUUCAGAAGGUCCCCAUGCAGCUCUUGAAUGCAAGGUUGAGGCCUCUGGAUCCGUUUGGGAACUGGCCGAUAGCAGCGAGGUGAUUGACUUGGACACUUGCUCAGAGGACAGUGGAUGUUCAGUUGCCACCACCUCGUCCAGCUCAGAUGAGGAAGCCGCUGAGCUCAGCAGUGCCAGACGGCCAGUGCAUCCGCCGAAAGUGCCAAACCAGUUGAAACUCUUGCAGCACAGGAAACUCAAAACGUUGCACCUCAUGGAACUGCAGAAUCAAAGGAUCAUGCUUUGCGGAAGGGUGGCUGAGCCCAGCCGUUACGAGAGCGUGCAGGAGACAAGAUUCGACACUCCAUGUUGCCACACUUGUUGGCGAAAGAUGCCGGAGUAUGAGAAUCAUGUCACUGCAUGCAUCAAAGAGUUCAUUUGGACUUGCCGUGCUGCCAUGUCACUGAUAGACUCAGAGGCCGCUUUUCAAAAGCGAUGUGAUGAGUUGUUGGAUGGGCUUCAUGACUGGUUCAGUAACUUGCAGAUCACAACGUUUUCGAGCUUGGCAUUCACAGUUGGAACUCCGCAACAACCAGUUUCGGAACAUGACAUGCAAAGAUUUGCUGAUCGAGUUGCUCAGGGUCCUGCAUCCAUUGCCGAGGUGUCAAUUGUUAGACGCAUUCACUUUGAGGCACAGACAUUGGUGAUGUCAGAUAUCAGGAAGCAGGCAGUGGCUGGUGACACUUCAGAACCAUCGAAGUCCUUGCCUUACGUUGAGAAAAGGCGUCGGCUUGAGGCGCAACAGGCUAGGAUCACUGGCCUUUCACACAUGCAUGAACAGAGAGCAUCGCAUGGCCUUAUUGACCUGUGUUUUCACAUUGUUGAGUCGGGAGCCCUUUUGUAUGUGGCGCCGUCCAAGUGCAGUUCCAGGGAUUCAGAGAUCCAAGCCGAUGCCAAAACCAGACAGAAACAAUUGUUGACUCUUGAACAAGGGACAUUGAAGGCUGUGUCGGCUGAGUCCUUGCCGACCGUUGACGUUGGCACUGAAAUGAAAUUGAUGUACGCACUGCAGCGUCGUGGAUUGGCAUUUGAUCUUGUGGGAUUGAUGUCAUUUGAUGCGCAUUCGGAAUGGGUGAACAAACUCUUCAGGGCACUCAUGGCUGACACCCCAGCUCAUUUUCAGGCGCUUAGCUUGCAACACAUCAUUCGUGCAGACCAGGAGAUGUUCCUUUUGCUUGCUUCAGAAUAUGAUGGACCCCUCAAGUCACCGACGUUAGAUGGGGAGCCUCCGUUGGAUGCACAGCUUCGUGUUUACAUGACAGAUCCAAGGGUCAACAUGUACCUGGUUCCAGCUCCACUCAGUCAGAAGCGUCCAGCGCCUGCAGCCAGUGGUGGUGACAAGCAGCCACAACCUCCAGCAAAGAAACCGCGUCAAGGAUCCAAGACGCCUGCCCAGUUGCCAGCUGAGUUGUCAGGCCUCCACACAAAGACAUCAGACAACAAACCAUUGUGUUGGAAUUUCAAUUUGAACAAGGGAUGUGCAAAUGCGACCAAGAGAGGAACACCUGUGGCCGCGGGGAUCUCAGUGACUCCAGUGGAUCGAGUUGUGAACGUUGCUUGUAGGAAACUUGGAUUUGAGGCUGUAGCUGUUGACCAAACGAAGGAUCGGUCUGAGCAGUUUCCUAUUUUUCAAAUUGAUGUGACAGACUCCCAAAGCUUGCAUGACUUGGAGAGUUUCAUCGAUGUAGAGAAAGAUGCAAUUUUACACGCGCAUUUUGCGCCAUCAUGCGGAACAGCGUCUCGAGCCAGGGGACGGCCAAUACCUGGCGAACAUCCCAAAGCCGGGCCUCAACCACUUCGGUCCGAAGUCUUUCCUGACGGCUUGCCUGAUCUGAGCAGUCAUGAUCAAGCACGGGUAGACAAGGCCAACCGCAGCUAUAGUGCGACUGUGCGCUUAAUCAGCAAGCUGAUUGCCCAUGGCAUAUCUGUCAGCAUCGAAAAUCCCAAAAACUCUUUUUUCUGGAAAUUUUCAGACGUUGCAAGGCUUUUGGAAACGUUUGGUGCUCGACAUUUUUCAGUUUUUCACCAUUGCAUGCAUGGCGGCAAGCGUGACAAGCAGACCGCGUGGUGGAGUUGGAAUCCGCGAGAUGCCGAAAAAGACAUGUUUCAAUCGCUUGCAUUGCAAUGUGAUGGACAACACAAACAUGAGCCGUGGCGGCCUUACAAAGAUGUCCACGGCCGGACGGUUUUCCCUACAAGUGAAGAAGCUGCAUACCCGCAGUUGCUGUGUGACCGCGUUGCAUGCAUUCUCAAGGAUGAGGCUCUUCGUUGUGGCUUCGUUUUUUCAGAUGACUUGCACCAACAAAUUCUGGAAGUGCCUAAUGUUGCCACCAGGCAGCUUUUUACAACGCAACCCAAAGGGCAAAAAUUGAGACCACUGGUAUCCGAAUACGGCAAAUACAUUGCCCUUCUUGCGUCAGCAACAAACGAAUCAGAGGUACAGAGUUUUUUGCAUAAGCUGCCCAAAGGAGCCAAAGUUUGUCAUCGUAUUCUGUUUCCUGGGGGUGUUGCUCGAGAUGACAUGGAGCGCAAAUAUGAGGAGGUUUUCCAAACUGAGUCAUGGGAAGCCGGUGAACCAUGUGAACUCUUGCAGGUGGGUAUCCCUCGUGAACCGGCUGACUUCAUACGUGAUGCGGUGCGAAAAGGUCAUCCGAGAGAUAUCAUUGCGCAGGUGCCCCAAGAGAUUAAGACUGUUGUGCAUAGCAUGCUGAAUGGUGAUAUGCUGGGGCGCUUCAAGUUGAGGGCCUCCUUUUUGAAGAAAUGGCUCAGGCGGUCACUUGAGUUAAAGAAUGAGGAGCAGGCCUUGCACCAAAAGCUGCCCCAGCACUUGCAGCGCAUUCUCGAGGGAAAGCGCCUCCUUCUUUGGCGUGAAAUCUUGGUGGAUCUGGAUUACCCAGAUGUGGCAGUGAUUGAUGACAUUUGCAGUGGCUUCAAGCUUACGGGGUGGGCCCCGUCUACAGGUGUUUUCAGGCCGGACGUCAGAAGACCGUCCCUUGGGGUGCAACAGUUGAUCAACAUGUCAAAAGGCUUGAAUGCCUCAGUUGUCAAUUCUCUCCAGGGAGAGUGUUUUGUGGCCAAGCGUUUUCCAGUACCUCAGAAGGAAAAGGUGCGACUUGUGGACGACUUCACGAUAUGUGGCGUGAAUGGUGCCUACGGUUUGAGAGAAAAGCUCCGUGUCCAAGCCGUGGACGAGCUAUGUGCUUACUUGGCAUUCAUGUUGGAUCAGGCCCCAAGUGGAUGCCUCCCCAAGCUCACUGGCCGCACUUACGAUUUGAAGUCGGCCUACAAGCAGUUCGGUGUGGACCAGUGGCAUGCAGACAGACUCAAGAUUGCGGUCAAGCGACCUGGUGGAGGGGUUGGCAUUUUUGCCGCCCUGGCAUUACCCUUUGGUGCCUCCGGCUCAGUGAGUUCAUUCUUGCGUGUGGCGGCCAGCCUGACAUACAUAGGAGUGGUUGCUCUCCAAGUCUUGUGGACAAGCUUUUUCGACGAUUACACUUGUGUUUGCGUGGAGGGUGAAGAGACGAACGUGUCUUUUUAUGUUGAAUCCCUCUUUCGCCUUUUGGGAGUGUGGUUUGCGGAGACUGGCUCAAAGGCAACUUCCUUUGGGCCCUCCUUCAAGUCACUUGGAGUAAUCUUUGAUGUUGGGGCCAUUCAUGACGGCACCUUCGCACUACAGCAUACCGAGAGCAGGAAGUCCGAGCUGAUGCAGAUUCUUGACAAUCUGAUAGACGUUUCUGUGGACGCAGAUGUGCCUGAAGGCAACGACAGUUCUGCACUCAGGGAACAAGCUGCGGCCGAGAAUGCAGCACUGGAAGUAUUACAUUGGGAAUCUUUACAAGAGGAAACUGCCAUUGCAGAAAAUGCUGGUUAUAGGUUGGAGCCACAGAGAAUUCAACAUUUCUGGGAGUCAGGUUUUUGGAACGAUUUCUUCGAUCCUAGCAAGAGCUUUCUCUGUUCUUUUGACAGCAACUUCAAACGUCCCGUUGAUCCUGUUCAUGGAGAUGUUCAUGAAGUCUUCGAACAACAAGUUGAACGCAAACCGAAAGCUGCAAAACUGCAUGCAACGUUCAUGGACCAUGUUAGGGAUGCUAGCAUCAUGAACUGGAAGGACAAGCGUGAAGCAGACUGGCAAACGGCCAUAUUCAGGUGGCACUCAAUGCUGGGAACUUGGUCGACAGACGUUCAGGUGGUUUCGCAGAUUUUUGGUAGAGAAGGCUUCAAGGAACAGGCACAAGUGUUAGUUGACAUCUUUUACAACAAGGCCCCAUCGACUAUUUUAAAACGGUGCAGGAGCAUGUCAAAGAUGACCAACUACUUUAUUGACAGGGGUCGACAGUUUCCUUGUGGGGAGCCGGACAUCUAUGAGUUCUUGUGUGUUGAACGCGGCAAUGGCGCUCCAAGUUCCAGGUUGAAGGGAUACAUAGAGGCCCUCACAUUCUGUCAUCAUGUUUUGGGUGUUGUGGCAUUCGAUGACACCACAAGCAGCCGACGAUGCCAGGGUGUGGCAGCCUUAGAUUUGAACCACAGUGUAAGGCAAGCAGACCCGCUGACUGUCAAACAACUUGAAACUUUGCACCACAUUUUAUUCAAUGAUGAUGAACUGUGGAAUCGAGUUUUUUGUGGCAUGCUGCUCUUUUGUGCAUAUGCUCGAUCACGGUGGAGCGACGCACAGCAUGGUGAGAUGCUCAUCGAAGACGUGGACUCGUCGGGAGCUUGUGCUUAUUUGGAAGUAGCAACGGGGGUGCAUAAAACUGCAAAGGCCUUACAACUGAAACACCAAUACCUUCCACUUGUGGCUCCAUGUGUAGGCGUUGUCGAGGGCAAUUGGGGUGAGGAGUGGUGCAAUUGUAGGAAAAAACUUGGCAUGCAUGACUUGACAGUUUACCCCUUGAUGCCGGCACCUGAUGCUAGCCAAAUACCAACAGUGAGACCUUUGAGUUCGACCGAGGCUGGUAGUUGGAUGCGUGAUCUUUUGAAAAUUGACAGUUCCAACAAGCAGUUCAAAAUUACUUCACACUCACUCAAAGCGACAUGCCUUAGCUAUGCAGCAAAAAGAGGAUGUUCUUUUGAGGACCGUUUGAGCCUUGGAUACCACACCCAUAAUUUGAAGAUGGCUCUGUGUUACUCAAGAGACGGUGCUGCACGACCAUUGCGAGUCUUGGAGCAGAUCCUCAAAGAGGUGAGGGAAAAGGUUUUUAACCCGGAUGACACCAGGAGUGGCCGACUCAGAGUAGCUCAGAGUUUAGGCAGUGACUUGCACCAGACUGCAACAGACAAUGUGAUUGACAGUUUUGAGGUUGUUUCACCAUUGCAACCUGUUGCUGAGACUGCUGAAAAAACAGAUGGCAAUGAAGCGGCUGUUGACUUUGAAGAAGUCUCGGUCAGCGACCAUGCAACGACAGGCAGCGAAACGGAGAGUGACGUCGAUACGACGGUAAGGCCCACUGUGUCUUUCAAGGACAUCCAGGCGCCAGAUGGGACCUAUUUGCACCAACAUGCAAAGUUGAAAACAUUGCAUUUGAUGAGAAACUUUGACACUUGUAGUUGGACUUCAGUCAGAACCAAAGCUAUGGCCUUGGUAGAUUCUGAAGCUGCCUUUGCAAGUCACUGCAAUGCCGUUGACAAAAGCCAAGAGCUCUUGAACAUUUGCGUUCGAGCUGAGCUGACAACGUUUAUGCGUAUGGCAUUCGCAAUCGGCACACCUCAGAUGCCGGCGAGUGAAGAAAGUUUCAAAACAUUUGCAAGUGAUUUGAACGGAGGAACCGAACCUUCUAUUACAAUGAUGUCCUUGCUGAGGAGGUUGCACUUUGAAGCAGUUACAAUGGUGGUAGCGCACUUGAAAACAAACGUGACCACGGAUGCUGGGGUGGAAGGGUCAAGGAAACUACCACCCGUAGAAAAGGUGGCAAGAUUGCAGGAGCAACAGGGUCGUUUGAAGGGCCUUACAAUCAAGGGAGAAAUGCAGCCAUCCUAUGCCUUGAUUGAUUUGAUCUCGGGCAUCCAUGACAGUGGCUCAAUUGUUUGGGUGCCGCCUAGCAAGUGCACAAAGCGAGACUCAGAGGUGCAACAAAGCCUCAAAGAAAAACCCACCACUUUGACUGUGGAGCAGCAGACGCUGAAGCUUGCAGCGGGCGAGCCCAAGAUCAGGGCCGAUACAUCCAACGAACUUCUGAUGCAAUGGGCUUUACAGAGACGUGGAUUAGCUUUUGACCAGUGCAAACUCAUAUCGAACGACAUCCAUGACAAGUGGGUACAAGCGUUGCUCAUGCAGUUGACGCGGGAGUCGCCGAGUGGCUAUGCUAAGGUGACUAUGGAGCAAAUCCUACGAGCAGACAAAGAAUUGUUCACCCUGAUGUCGCAAGAACACACGGGGCCUUUCAAUGUUGGACCCAAGGGAGAGCUGCCUUUGGAUUUGUUGAUGACACAGUUGAUGCACGAUCCUCGCAUCAACUUACACUUGCUUCCCCUUCCCAGUGCGUCAGCCAGAGCAGCAUCAAGCUCACCUGUGGAUGAAGGCACAGCACGCCUGUCGAGAGCAGUACGAGAUGUGGGAAUGAGUGCAAUGGCCAUUGACAAAGAUUCACAACGAGCACAAUCUGUGCACAUUGCGGCCUACAACUUAAACGAGCCCGACCAAGUCGCGGCUUUGUCUGACUUUAUCGGCAAACACUCCCACAUCAUUUUAUGGGCGCAUUUUGCACCAUCUUGCGGAACGGCUUCAAGAGCAAGAGGCAGACCUCUACCAAAGCUGGCAAAAAUGGGCAUCAAAGUGCCGCAACCUUUGCGUAGUGACAGCAAGCCCAUGGGCAUGGACGGCCUUUCUGGUUUGGACAAAAUAAAGGCAGAGUGCGCAAACAUUACAUAUGAGAGCACAUGUGAGCUCAUGCGUUUGUGCAUACGGUUGGGCAUUGCUGUGUCGCUGGAGAAUCCCAAAAAUUCUCUUUUCUGGAAAGUUCCCAUGGUAGAAGCUUUUCUUUUGGAAGUUGGUGGAUACAAUACAAUUUUUGACAACUGUUGCCAUGGUGGCACACGGAAAAAGGCCACAUCCUGGUGGUCCAAUGUGGACUGGUUUACAAGCCUUGCUGCCCAGUGCGAUGACUCGCACUACCAUCAGAAGUGGAAUGCUGAAGUCAUAGAUGGUCGCGUGGUUUUUCCAACUCACCUGGAAGCUGCUUAUCCCAUUUUGUUGUGCGAACGUUUGGCAACAAUUGCAAAGCUCAAGGCACUAGAGCUUGGCGCCACUGAGAUACAAGACUUGGCACAGCAGAUUGAACAGGAGCGUGCAAGCUUUUUGUGGAAGUGGAGCAAUAGGGCAAAAGAGCUGGCUAGUGCUGAGAAACAGCUUCACGAGAGCUUGCCUGAACACUUGCGUCAUUUGCUUCGGGGAAAAAGACUUCUACUUUUGAAAGAAGUGCUUGAGGUAGUGGGCACGCCGGAUGACGAACUUUCUCGAAAAACCUGGGACAAAACCUUGGAAGAGCUUGACAACAACUGGGUUUGGCGUGACGUGACCAGUGAUGCUGGAGACGUAGUGAUGGCCAAACGUUUUGGCCUACAGCAGAAAGAGAAAGUCAGGGUCAUUGACGAUUGUUCAGUGGGUGGUUACAACAAGGCCUAUGGAACAAAGGAGAAACUUCGAGUUCACGCCAUUGACCAACUAGCAGCAUACCUCAGCUGGAUUUGCACAGCUCAUGGCACCACUCUGGACGAUGAAAUAGUCGGCAGGACAUACGACCUGCGUAGCGCGUACAAGCAGUUUGGGGUUAGCUUGGAGACUAGAGAUGUUUUGAGACUGGCUGUUUGGGACGCCGACCAGAAGCGACCGUGUCUUCUGGGACUCAAUGCUUUGCCCUUCGGGGCGUCUGGUUCAGUUAGCGCUUUCUUGAGGGUCAGCAUGGCUUUGUGGUUCAUGGGGACGGUUGGCUUGAAACUCUGCUGGACGGUUUUCUAUGAUGACUUCACCUUGAUAUGCAAGAGACGCAUGUGCCAUGGGACAGGUAUUGCAGCAGAAGCUCUUUUCGAACUUUUUGGAAUGUGGUACGCUAAGGAUGGUACCAAAGCAGUGCCUUUUGAUGUUUCCGUACGUACGUUGGGAUUGCAUGUGACGCUUGGAAAUGCAGCUAAGGGCUUUUACGUAGGCCACACUGAUGAACGUAGAGCUGAGCUGAAAGCAGCGUUGGAAGAAGUUUUGGAAAAGAAAACAAUAGAACCUAAGCAGGCCGAACGUUUACGAGGCCGCAUGCAAUGGUUUGAAGGGUAUGCUUUUGGAAGGGUGGCACAGUACAGUUUGAAAGUACUUGGCGAGCUAUCCUUAAAAAGCAAGAAACAUGUGACUUUGAAUGACAAAGAAAUGCAGGCCGUGGCAUACCUUAUUCAACGUGUUUCUGAAGCUCGGGCCAUAGAGAUUGGCCCUGUUUCCUUGGAUACUUUCCUCAUUUUUACAGAUGGUGCCUGCGAAGGCGAUUCCUCUCGCAUCGGCAGUGUGGGGGGCGUGUUGGUAGGGCCCUCCGGACAUUGCCUUCAGCACUUUUCUUCAGAGGUCCCAACUGACUUCAUGCGAGAGACCUUGAUGGACUUGAAGCAUGCGAUAGGGUCCUCUAAGCCUGUGGUGAUUUCUAAAACUCUUUGUACCACUUGGUACGUCUUUACUGACGGCGCAUAUGAGCCCGAUUCAGAUGUUCUUGCCAGCAUUGGUGCAGUCUUGAUUUCACCGACAGGUACUCCAGUUCAGUGCUUUGGAGAGGUCGUCCCUAAGACCUUCGUGGACGAGCUGUUACAGCAUUCUUCUCAUCCUAUCUACGAGCUGGAAGUGCUUCCGGUAGUCAUGGCCACGCGCCUGUGGAUGAAGUAUCUCACAGGGUGCCCCACAGUAUACUUCCUUGACAACGUUGCGGCCAGAGCAACGUAUAUCAAAGGUGUUGGCGCUACGCCUCCUUCCAUUCCUUUGCUCAAAGACUUUGUCCGUUUAGAGGCUAGGUUGAAGAUUUAUUCGUGGUUCGGUCGAGUGCCGAGUCAUUCGAACGUAGCGGAUUCUCCAAGCCGGCUUGUCUUUGAUGACCCAGUCCUGUCGGGCUGUCCUCGAGUGCGGAUCGUGCUUCCAACUCACGUUCAUGAAAUUGGGGAUGGCUCAGGGUGA